AGUAGCUGUGCACCUCGGUCACACUGUCUAUUGUUGAAAACGUAAACAAUGUCGCUUGUCGCUGAUUAUAGCGAUUCAUCUGAAUCCGAUGUGGAAAGCAGCAGCAGUGACUCAGAAAAAGAGGAAACAAACAACAAGUCAAGCCCGCCUGCCACACAGAAACCCAUAAAGCUGCCCAGUGCUAGCGAUGCUCUGGAUAAUGCGGCUGCAAAACGAACCGGCGAUGUAUUUAGUAAUCCAUUUCUGGAUGCAGAGCUGCACAAGACCGCUUCACUGGAAAGACACGUGAAAAUGGUCAACAACGAUGCACAUUUACAGUUGAAAAAUGGACGAAAAAUUUGUUGGAAUUAUAGAAAAGGACGCUGUCGCUUCGGCACCAGCUGUCAAUAUGCGCACGACUCGGAUCUCUCCGUUGAGGCUGUGGCUGAUGGAAAUGAGCCUAAGAUGGAAGCGCCAGCAACAACAGUUAACAAAAGCGCUGCUGGCAAUAAGAGGAAACGACCUGGUUUGAGCGAUGGCAUAGAACCGGGCAAAAGAGUGAUGAAAUCGUACCAGCAACAGCAACUGGGAGCAGGAGCUAGACGUUAAAUAGGUUUCAAAUG